UAGAGUGACUGGCUAGAGCAAAGAGCUGCGCCAACCGCGCUCUCCAAGGAACAUGGUGGGGUGUUUGAAGGUGGUCAAAUCGCCCGACGAAAAUGAAAAAUGCCGGACAUUCGUUUUGGAUGACCAAGAUCAUACACUAGGAAAUGCUCUUCGCUAUAUGAUAAUGAAGAACCCAGAAGUGAGGUUCUGCGGGUAUGCCAUACCACACCCCUCAGAAAGGAAGGUGCACCUCCGUAUAGAAACCCGUGGCAUAACAGCAGUUGAAGCACUGAAAAAAGGCUUGCAAGACGUGCACAAGAUGAGUGAGCACAUGCUGAAGGAGUUCGAGGAAACGGUGGAGAAGCACAAAACAAAAAAACAUAAUGAAUGUUGAGUGACAUACGUAGUCUGUUCUUUGUGUUGCCAUUUGACCCAACAAACUUCCCAAAUAUUCUGGCCUCAAGGAUCCCCCACAACACACCAUGGAACUAGUCUAGGAACCUGGUUUGGUACAUGGCCUCUUACUGAAUGUCACAUGGGAUCAGUGGAAUGCCAUGGUGUGAAUG